AUGUCCGAGGCCACAAAACCAGAGGCAAAACGAGGAGGCAAGAACCAAGGUCAGCGUGGGCGAGGUGGGGGUUCGGCCAAAUUGCGAGGCCUCCCAAAAGACUCCCCCGAAGUGCGCAUGUCGAAGACGCUCUCUUGGGUGUUGCGCCACGGCUCGCAGGCCGAGGGGCUCGCCAUGCGCCCGGAUGGGUAUGUACGCGUUGAUGACCUCUUGCAAAUCCCAAAGAUGACUCUCGACAACUUACAAGGAAUCGUCGAGAACGAUAGCAAAAGCCGCUAUCAUUUGAAACGCGAGACAGACGAAGGUGUUGAGCCUCCUAAGGAAGUCUGGUGGAUCCGGGCAAACCAGGGUCAUUCACUAAAGGAGGUCAAACUGGAUCUGCAGCCGGUGGUAUCAGCAGUCGAUAUCCCUACAGGGAUCGCUGUACACGGCACCAACCGCAAAGCUUGGGAACUCAUCCGAGAAAAAGGUCUCUCGAAGAUGUCGCGCAACCACAUACACCUGGCCCAAGGUGUACCAGGCUCUGGCGUUAUCAGCAUGCGUAACUCCUCGCAGAUCCUGAUCUACGUCGAUGUGCAGAAAGCCCUCGAUGCCGGUAUCAAGUUAUUUCUGUCUACGAAUGGCGUUGUCCUCACCGAGGGAGACGAGAAGGGCUUCCUGGGUCCCCAGUUCUUCGCGCGCGUGGAGACUGUCAAGGGCCAAGCUUUGCCGGGCUGGGAAGCCACGCAAGCUAUACCCCGUAUCCAGGAAGUCAAAAAGGCGGAGGCUACGGCAAAGGACACAUCGACGGCAGACGUAAAUGCAACAGCUGCUGGUCUUGUAACGGGUAAUAUAUAG